CUAUUGUAUGAGCAAAGAUUCUAAUCCAAACUCUCGUGCAAUACCACAAUAUUACGUAGUGCAUGCAAUGUGCAUGCAGAGCGUUGCGUAAUUUGGGAUGACUGUGCAGAAUUAAGCCAGACCUUCUUCUUCUUGAGCUUGGCUUGGCUUCCUCCAGUUUGGAGAACUGCAGUUGGUGCCGGUGCAGGUGUUGGUAGUACACAUAUAAAAAGGAUAGACAUAGAUUCUAGGGCCUAGAGUCUAGAUCAGCUCGACGACAGCGCCCCACUGAACUGAUACUGAUCAGCUGUUAGAUAGUGCUACUGAUACUAGUGAUAAUCAGUGAUACGCACAGCACGAUGGCAGAAGCAAGUUUCUGUCCGGGGAACUCUAGUUUCGUUCCGAUCUGGGUGGACCAUGGACUGUCCAGGUGCUUCAUGGAGACCCUCGUCUCGUCCAUCAUGUUCCUUGUCGUCGUUGUCAUGGGAGGGAUUCAGGUUUUAAUAUUCUGGAAACGGGCUAUGAGUGUCGAACAACGAUUCCGAACGAACCCUUUUUGGUUUCGCCUCCAAAUCUUCCUCUCCAUCGCCAUGGUAACCCAGUACAUCCUCCGCAUCGUGAUGUACGCCGUCCUCCACGAGCCCCUCAACGGCGACAUCGAACUCGGCACCUGCUUCUACAUCUCCUCCUACAUCGUCUCCUUGUUUGUCAUCGCCAUCGAGCGCACCAAGUUCCUCGCCAGCCGAGUACGCGGUCACGGGUUCAUCCUGCUCCUCUUCUGGUCCUUGGCGUUCCUGAACGAGAACCUGGCGUUCGUGUCAUGGGGAAGUCCCCACUACUGGUGGAAGCUGGAGACGGAGUUCCACCAGACCAUGUUUGGCCUGUGGGUGGCGCGUUACGUCAUCACGUUUUGCCUGUUUGUUCUCGGUCUGCGAGCGCCGGGGCUGCCAAGGAAGAGCUACAUGCUUAUCGUCAACGAGGAUGGUAGAGAGCCGACCAACGAAAUACCUCUGAGUGGGCCAGAAAACGCCUCAACGUGGGCCAACGCGAUGCUCAAGGUGCGCAUUGUCUGGCCCUACGUCUGGCCUAAAGGGAACUGCCUGAUGCAGCUCAGGAUACUGUUCUGUCUCGUCAUCUUGGUAGCUGGACGUGUUAUCAACGUUUUUGUUCCUGUACUCAACAAGAACAUAGUGGAUGCGCUAUCCGGUACUCCAACAUUUCCAGUCAGGUACAUCGUGUACUACGUAGGAUGCAAGCUGUUGCAGGGCGGUGGCUUUGGUAGUUUGGGUCUACUGAGUAACAUUCGAUCUCUCCUGUGGAUCCGAGUUCAGCAGAAUACCACCAAAGGAAUCAUGGUCCGACUAUUCGAACACCUCCACCAUUUGUCAUUACGUUGGCAUCUGAACCGAAAGACGGGUGAAGUUCUCAGGAUGAUGGACAGAGGAACAACCAGCAUCAACAGUUUACUCAGCUACAUCGUCUUCAACAUCUUACCAACAAUCGCUGAUAUUGUUAUUGCUGUGGUCUACUUCAUCAGUGCUUUCAACGCAUGGUUCGGCCUUAUCGUGUUUGUGGCUAUGACCUUCUUUAUCGUUGUCACCAUUAUUGUUACCGAGUGGAGGACAAAAUUCCGACGAGAGAUGAACUUGAAGGACAAUAAGAUGAGACAGAAAGCCAUAGACUCUUUGCUCAAUUUUGAAACGGUAAAAUACUACAACAAUGAGGCAUUUGAGGUCAAUAUCUAUGAUGAAUGCAUCACAGACUAUCAGGUGAGUGAGUGGAAGUCUACCGCAUCGCUGUCCAUACUGAACUCAGCCCAGAACCUUGUCAUCAACGCCGGUCUCCUGGUAGGAUGCUUGCUCUGUGCUCAUAUCGUCUACGAAGGAAGACUCACAGCCGGAGACUAUGUACUGUUCUCAUCUUACAUCAUGCAGCUGUACAGCCCUCUCAACUUCUUUGGUACCUACUACAGAAUGAUACAGCAAGCCUUCAUUGACAUGGAAAAUAUGAUUGAUCUUUUGGAAGAGAAACAAGAGAUCACAGAUGACCCUGACGCUAAGGAUCUUAUCGUAAGCAAAGGAAAAGUGGAGUUUGAUAAUGUCUCCUUCUACUACAACGAACAGAAGCCUAUCUUGAGAAAUGUUUCAUUUACGGUUGAACCGGGCCAAGUACUAGCUAUUGUUGGUCCGUCUGGAGCUGGUAAAAGUACAAUCAUCAGACUGCUGUUCAGGUUCUACGAGGUACAUGGUGGUCAUAUCAGAUUAGAUGGCCAGGACAUCAGUAAGGUAGCACAAAGUUCCCUGAGGAAAGUUAUUGGUGUGGUUCCACAAGACACGGUCCUUUUCAAUAAUGAUAUCAGGUAUAAUAUCGGGUAUGGCAAAACGCAAUGUUCAACAGAAGAGGUGGAGGAAGCAGCGAGAGCAGCCGACAUACAUACACGGAUCGAGUCUUUCCCUGAAGGUUAUGGUACUGUGGUAGGUGAGAGGGGAUUGAAGCUGAGUGGCGGAGAGAAGCAACGAGUAGCCAUCGCCAGGACCAUACUGAAAGCACCAGAUUUUGUUUUACUUGAUGAGGCCACGUCAGCCCUCGACACCAAGACAGAACGUAACAUCCAAGCGUCAUUAGCAAACAUCUGUCAAGGCAGGACAACCAUCGUUGUUGCUCAUCGGCUGUCCACCAUCAUCAACGCCGAUCAAAUCUUGGUGCUGCAGGACGGCAUCAUCGUAGAAAAAGGAAGGCAUGAACAGCUGUUGGGAUUGGAUGGCAUUUACGCUGAUAUGUGGCAGCAGCAGCUUCAAGCAGAGGAGGAAGCAGUUGCGAAAGGGAGCAGCGAAACCCUUGAUGAGCCAAAGUAGAAGAUGCCAGACAGAAUCUAAGACUUGUAAUCGCAAUCAGUGUGUGUGUUAUUGGAUUUUUACAGACAUGUAUCAAUCAGAUAUGAUUAUUUACGUCUGUGGACCGGCCUUUAACGUCACCGUCCGAAAGACGUGACUCAGUUUCAAACCUGCGUCCUCGGCUGAAUCAGUUUGUAACUUCCAUUGUUAGCUGGAUUACAGGCGCACGCCACAACGCCCAGUCUUCAUUUCUUUGGCUUUAAUAAUCAGAAAAUUACCUGAAAUGGAGCAGCAAAAGUCCUGAUGUGCCAAAAUAGAAGACUCCAGACAGAAAUCUAAGACUUGUAUUCACAGUUGGUUUUCAUUUCUUUGGCUUUAAUAAUCAGAAAAUUCCUUGAAGUUAUAUUGCAAAUCUUUUCUCUUGAUGCAUAUAUGUUUUUUUCUUCAGGGAAAGAGUGUGUGGGUGAUGUUUCUUCUAUGCUAUUUCUAUUUAUUGCAAGUUGUACUAUUAAGUGGUUUCGAGGUAUGAAGAGUUUCGGAAGUAUCCGCACGUUCUGUGAAGACAUUUUGUCACGCAUGGGCUUUUAGGCUGGCAAUAUUGUGGCUUCUGAAUUGGUUUGGUUGAAUUUCAGAUGAGCCUUAGAACAGUACAUGUGUAAAAUAACAUGAUUGUAAUGAUUGCAAUGAUUGCUUGUAUAUAUAUGUUACAUGUGAGGACUCUGAUAAGUUAGUUGUUUACAGUGCGCACCAUCUGAAGAUACCGAGCUAGCACUGCAUUUACAUAACACCCAAUUGGGUCAAGUGCGUUAUUUGUUCUAUACAAUAGCGACAUAUGAAAAUCAAAACGAAUGAAAGUCUAGGUGUAACGUUAGAGUCUACAAGAGUUAGACUUAGGAUAGAGUUAUGUUGGUUCUAGAAAAUGAAAAGAGAAGACCUUGCUACUUGCUCUACGCCUACACUGCCUGGAUCUAGCGUUUUGACCAAUCACAAUGUUUAUAAAUACUUGAGCUAUUUUAUAACUCUCUUUAUAUGCCACACAAAUAAUCUCACUGUGCAGCUUGUAUCUAUCAUGUGGUAGAUACACAUAAGGCUUUAAGGUUUUUUCACUGUUUCCAGCACAAGAUUAAUCUAUACAGGUGUUGGAAGUGUUGUCAUGGAACUAAUUAAGACUGUCAAUGGGAAAUUAUGCAAAGCUAUUGUGUUGCACAAGGCAAUCCUUCCAGCAGUUAGUGUCUAUUGUUUGUGCAAAAAUGCAUGAGUGGCAAACAGGUGACAGUGCAGAAAUGUGAAGAAAGUAGCCAAAGUGUUAAGCCAAUUAAAAGCAACUGUACAGACAUCAA